UUAAGAGUACUUUUGAUGGUAGCCAAGUUAUGCCGUCUAGUCUUCCCCAACAUCAUACAAGUUCUACUGACCGGAGAAUUGCAAGACGCCUUGGUAAUAAAGACAUUUGCCUCAGAGGAGCAAACAUGCGAUACGGACUCUAACUAUUCCCUGUCUCUAUUUCUGUUCAACAGGCGAGAGUGCUCCAUAGAGAUGUUUGCUAUGCCCUGGAUAACAAAACACGUUCGCCAGUUUCUCAGUCUCACGAUGGCAAUGUGGCUACGCGUCUUUCAUUUCUUGAGUGAGCUACUUACGUUCGCCACUAUCCGAAUCUACGACACCGUCAAGUAUUUGUGGCAUCAAGGAUUUCGCGAUGGUCGGCGGCGGCUUCCACCAAUUCGGAGCGAAUUUCUAUCCUAUUCGGCAACGAAACUAGCUAGGAUGAUUCGCGAAAAGAAGUUAACGUCGGAACAACUGGUCAACGCAGUGAUUGCCCGUAUCCGUGAGGUCGACCCCCUUCUUCAUGCAGUUGUUGAAGAUCGUUUCGAGGCCGCCCUUGAUGACGCGCGUCAGGCCGAUAAAGAGCUGGCAGCCUGUACGGACGUCGAGGAACUUGCCAACAAGAAACCCUUCCUUGGCGUCCCUUUUACGGUCAAAGAUUCCAUUAGUGUUCAAGGAAUGCUAGCGACCUGCGGUAGCAAAACACGUCGCGGUGUCCGCGCAAAAAAGAACGCCGUCUGCGUUGCCCGCAUGCUAACCGCAGGUGGAAUACCUUUGGCUAUUUCGAACGUACCUGAGAUGUGUCUUUGGGUCGAAAACGGGAAUCACCUUUAUGGUCGCACCAACAACCCUUAUGAUUUGCACAGGACCCCUGGUGGCAGCAGCGGUGGUGAGGGUGCCCUGGUAGGGGCCUGUGCAUCAGUUUGGGGCGUUGGUACGGAUAUUGCAGGUUCGGUCCGCCUCCCAUCGGCGUGGUGCGGUAUUUUCGGUCAUAAGCUCACCCCAGGGUGCCUUACGCGUGAAGGAGUGCUGCCUGCGACGGGCCAAGAAAUAAAAUCCCUCAUUGGAAUUAUAGGACCAAUGGCACGGUCUACGGAGGAUUUAGUAGCUAUGUUAAAAAUUAUGGUAGAUGAUCCUGCAGCUCUAAGACUCGAUGAGCCAGUCGAACUCCGUGAGCUCAAAUAUUACUUCUGCGACAACGAGGGGGCCUCUUAUAUUUCUGCGAUUCAGCCUGAGGUUCGCCUACAGGUCCAUCGGGUUGUAAACUUUAUCAAAAACGACCUUAAUGCCGAGAUUAAGCCAUUUCCAGAUGCAGAGCAGAUGAUCCGAGGUUCUUACUACUGGCUUGCUCAGUUCGCUGCUUACGGUGCUCCUCCGCUUAAAUUUAGCUUCGAUGAGCACGGAAACGCAUGGGACCCAAUUAUGGAAUUGAUAAAACAUGCAGGAGGCUUUUCCGAACGGACCAUCCCCGGUAUAACUAUAAGUUUGCUCGAUGAAAUGUAUCGGAAUAACCCCGACAAAUGUCGAACAGAUUUAGAGCAGUUCGAAGAAUUCAAAAAACGGAUUUACGAUCUCUUGAAAAAUGAUGGUAUUCUCGUUCUUCCAUCCAGCCUAUCGGUAGCACCAUUUCACCACGGGACACUGUGUCAUCCUGCAUUGUAUCUCGGCCUGGCGGGACUCAUCAACAUCUUGAAACUUCCCAGCACAGUGGUUCCUAUGGGACUCAGUUCUCGGGGCAUACCGCUCUCAGUACAGAUAAUUGCUGGACACAGCAACGAUCGCCUGACCCUAGCCUUUGCGCAGAAGCUGGAAAUGAAAUUCGGAGGAUAUGUCCCACCCUGUGAAAUCAUUCGUUGAUUACUGGCCGUGACUGACUCUUUUAUAGAAGAGUUUUGUCAAUAGCUUAAUCAUAAGCAGUAACCAUAUAAUUAAAUAUUAAUUCUUAAUAAAUGACGAUUAAAAUAAAGGUAA